AUGAGGGCUCUAGUGGUAGCCGGCACGCAUGGCGGCGUGGGAUGCACUUGGUUCACGCUCGGCCUAUUGGCGGCGCUGCGGCGUCGAGGCCUCACGGUGCAGCCUCUGCGGCUCGGACCAGAGCCGCUGGACGCGGGGCCCUACGUGGCGGCGUGCGGUCGAGAGCCCAUCAAUCUGGACGCAUGGAUGGCUCCAGGGGACCUAACUCGCGCCUUGUUUAACCGACGCGCGGCCGGCGCGGAUGUAGCGGUGGUGGAGGCGGCGGGCGGAGUGUUUGACGGGUGGGACGGCGGAAGGGCGGACGGCACGGGCAGCGCGGCGGAGAUGGCGAAGCUGCUGGGGGGCCUUCCCGUGCUGCUGCUCCUCGACGGCCGCUCCGCCGUGCGCUCCGCUGCCGCGCUCAUCCACGGAUUCACAUCCUUCGACCCAUCUCUCACGUUCGCGGGGAUGCUGCUCAAUAUGGUGGAGAGCGAGGCGCACGCGCAGUGGAUGUGGGACGCGCUCUCCGCCGCGGACGUGCGCCUGCCGCUCAUCGGCGCGCUGCCCUUCCUCCCGCACCUCUCGCUCUCCGCCAUCCUCUCCUCGCCCUCCUCCCCCACCCACUCCCCGCCGUCCUCUCUCCUCUCCUCCCCGCUCCCUGACUCCCUUUCCUCCGCGUCCUCCCCGCCAGUCUCCCCCGGCCCGUCCCCCCAUCUAUUCUCCGCGCUAGCCGACGCCGUGUCGCACUACGUGCACAUUCCGCGCCUCCUCUCCGCCUGCGCCUCGAUCCUGCUGCCUCCGCCGUCGUUUCCGCUCUCCUCCCCGGGGGGUGCGGGCGGGCGGCGCAAGGUGGUGCGCAUGGGGGUGGCGCGGGACGCGGCGUUCUGCCUCGUGUACCAGGAGAACCUGCUGCUGCUGCAGGAGGCGGGAGCGGAGCUCGUGUUCUUCUCGCCGCUCGUUGACCCCCUUCCGCCGCGCCUCAACGCCGUCUACCUGCCGGGCGGUCGCCUCGCGCCUUUCGCGCCUCGCCUCUCCGCCAACCGCCAGCUCCGCUUCGGCCUGCGCGCAUUCGCCGCGGCGGGAGGCUUGGUGCUGGCAGAGUCCGCAGGCACCGUGUUCCUUGCGCACUCGCUGCAGGGCACGGACGGCGCGGAGUACCCCAUGUGCGCGCUGCUGCCCUUCACGGCGCGCGAGCUGCACGCGCCACCCGCGCCGUCGUACUGCCUGGUGCGCCCGUCCCUGGGGUCGCCGCUCUUCGACCCUACUCUUGCGCCCAUCCGCGGGUGCCUCGUCGCGGUGGCGGAAUUCACCCCGCUGCGCAACCACCCCGCGCCGCCGCCCGCGCCUCCGCAACUUCAGCGCCCCGAUCUCAAUGGCCUGUGCCGCGCUCCCCACUCAUUGGCUUCCCCCCUGCCCCAUCCCCCCGUCCCCCCCUCUCCCGCGCAACCGCACAGCUUCCCCACGGAGCUCGCGUUCCCCUCCGCCGUGCGCCGCCCGCUGCCUGCGCGUUUUCCCCCCGGCGACGCCAAGGACCCGCUCGCCGGCGCGGCGGGGGCUGCGGGGGCGGACGGCCUAGGCGCGGUGCGGCGGGAGGGCGUGGUGGUGGGCGGCGCGGUGGCGUCGCAGCUGCACCUAUGCUUCGCGUCCAACCCCUGCGCCGCGCCUGCCGUCAUUCAGCACGCGCUGUAG